GCUUUGACUCCCUCCACAAAACCCUGGCUGGUGUCUGAGUUGUGAGCGAACACACACUAUCUCUUUACUGUGCAGUUGCUGCAAUGCCUACAAAGCUGUUCUCCCAACUACGUCUUCUCCAUCCCCUCCUCCCCAUGAAGCCCCGCACUCUCCCCCUUCUCUCAAGAGCCUUCUUCUUCCCUUCCUCCAAGUUCCUCCGAACCGCACCGUUUAAGGUUCGUGCCUUCUCUUCUAGGGCCCACAGCAGGGAAAAGCUUCCGCUCCGCUCCUCCAAGAGCCUCGUCGACGACGAGGCCGACCUCAGCAACUGGGUCGACGAUUUGCGCUCCACCCGGACCGACGAAAUGCGGCCCGCCCGGGACAGCGAAUUGCGUUCCGGCCGAACCAAUGAAUUUCGGUCCGGUCGGGGCAAUGGAGUCCGGACCGGCCGGGGAGACGGAUUUCGAUCCGACCGGGGCAGCGAAGUGCGGUCCGGCCGGGGCAACGGAGUGCGGACCGGUAGGGGAGACCGGUUCGCCGAUUCCGGCCGGGGAAACGGAGUGCGAACUGGUAGGGGAGACCGGUUCGCCGAUUCCGGCCGGGGAAACGGAGUGCGAACUGGUAGGGGAGACCGGUUCGCCGAUUCCGGCCGGUUCGGCAGCAACAACGACGGAGAGCGCGAAUUCCGGCCGCCGAGGAAUAAUAGUGACAGGGCUUCCGCGUUGGGGAAGAGAAGGGGUGAGGAUUUGAGGAAGGGGAGACAGAGUGGCAAUGCGAGGAGAAAGUUUCAACCGAGGAGUGAUGAUGAUGAUGAUGAGGAGGAGGAGGAGGAGGAGAUAGUGGGUGGAAGAAAGUUGAAGGGUAGUGGCGUUGGAGCAUUUCUUAGCGAGGAUCAAGAUGACGAUGAAGAUGAAGAGAGUGAAGGGAGUGAGGAGGAGGAGAUAUUGAACAAGAGUAGAGCCGCUUUGUUUGGUCAACAAAACGGUUUGAACCGGAGGACCACCGUACCAACUCCAAGACCUUCUUCCCCUGGAGGAGGAUCUGAUUCUUAUUUAAGUGAAACCAGAUUUGACCAAUGUUCAAUCUCUCCACUGUCAUUAAAAGGAGUCAAGGAUGCUGGAUAUGAGAAAAUGACAGUUGUGCAGGAGGCUACUCUUCCAGUAAUUCUCAAAGGUAAGGAUGUCCUUGCCAAGGCCAAGACAGGCACCGGAAAAACAGUAGCCUUUUUGCUUCCAUCAAUUGAAGUUGUGGCAAAGUCACCUCCAAGUGACCGUGAUCAUAGGCGGCCACCAAUUUCUGUUCUUGUCAUAUGCCCAACUCGAGAGCUUGCAAGUCAAGCUGCUGCAGAGGCCACUAAACUGCUGAAGUAUCAUCCUACCAUUGGUGUACAAGUUGUGAUUGGAGGGACAAGACUUGCUUUAGAGCAGAAACGGAUGCAGGCAAACCCUUGCCAGAUCCUUGUUGCUACUCCUGGAAGGCUAAGAGAUCAUACUGAGAAUACUGCUGGUUUUGCAACUAGGCUGAUGGGUGUGAAGGUCUUGGUGCUUGAUGAAGCUGAUCAUUUACUAGACAUGGGAUUUCGCAAAGACAUUGAGAAGAUAAUUGCUGCAGUCCCUAAACAACGACAAACUCUUAUGUUUUCUGCCACUGUUCCAGAAGAGGUCCGUCAAGUAUGUCAUAUUGCUUUGAGAAGGGAUCAUGAAUUUAUCAAUACAGUGCAAGAGGGAACUGAGGAGACACAUUCACAGGUCCGCCAGACGCAUUUAGUUGCCCCAUUGGACAAACAUUUCUCUUUACUGUAUGUUCUUCUGAAGGACCACAUUGCAGAUGAUGUUGAUUACAAGGUUCUUGUUUUCUGCACAACUGCUAUGGUCACUAGACUUGUUGCUGAACUUCUUGGUGAGUUGAACUUGAAUGUGAGAGAAAUCCAUUCAAGAAAGCCUCAGAGUUAUAGAACCAGAGUCUCUGAGGAAUUUCGAAGGUCAAAGGGUCUCAUCCUGGUUACUUCAGAUGUAUCUGCACGUGGAGUUGAUUAUCCAGAUGUCACUCUUGUUAUACAGGUUGGUUUGCCAGCAGAUAGAGAACAGUAUAUACAUCGACUCGGUAGAACAGGGCGAAGAGGGAAAGAAGGGCAGGGCAUACUGCUACUGGCUCCUUGGGAAGACUUCUUUUUAUCUACAGUAAAAGAUUUGCCUAUUGAGAAAGCUCCCGUGUUACCUUCAGUUGAUCCUGAUACUAAGAAAAAGGUGGAAAAAGCUCUAUCCCAUGUGGAGAUGAAGCAUAAAGAAGCAGCAUAUCAGGCAUGGCUUGGUUACUACAAUUCCAACAAGAAAGUAGGGCGUGACAAGUACAGGCUAGUGGAGCUUGCAAACGAGUUUAGUAGAAGCAUGGGACUUGAUAACCCUCCAGCUAUACCUAAGCUAGUCCUUGGCAAGAUGGGCCUUAGGAAUAUCCCUGGUUUACGUGCCAAAUAGGUUAUUCUUUCCAUUCAAUUUCUCACAAGUCAUGUGAAAUAUGUAUUGUUUUCUAGUUAAAAUGCUCCCGUAUAAUUAAUUGCAAGACUUGAGACAUCAAAAUAUCAAUUAUAUAUACAUCCUCCAUUUUUUGUUUAUCUUCUGCUAUA